CAGGGCAACUCCUAUUGACUCAUGUGCUCGGUCCUUCCACUGCACCCCAUGGCGCCGCUCCCACUCCACGCCGCUCGCGGCGCGCUCCCGCGCGCGGUCCGUCCGGCCGCGCGGGCACGUGGCGCGUGCGGCACCAAGGUCUGGGUGCCACUGGUGACCUCGCAAGUCGCUGCUCGGGGAGGGCAGGCUCGAAAGGCCUCUGGACGGCCGGUGGCUGACUUUAAGGUCGGAGAUGCGGUGACGGGCACCGUCACGCAGAUCUACUGCCCGGGUGGCGUGUCGGUGGACGUGGGCUGUGAGACCUUGGCCUUCUUGGAGGUUGAGGAGUUCUCAGAUGGAUUUCCUGCAGAGGGGCCCUUUCGUUUCCGGCCGGGAGACACCGUGCACGCGCGUGUGCUGGAUGUGAACCCAGAUGCCAGGCCACCAGACAGAGUGACCGGGUUCCCCGGCUGGACCGCUGCGACCGGCCGAAGCCGGUCCUUCCCGGUGGUGCCGGUCCUUCGCAGGGUCGAGGACCAUGGUGAACCUGACCCCUUCGGGGAACAUGGUGACACCGGGAAGCUUCACCUGACGUUGCGCUCGGGGCCGCUGGAGCGACCCACGCGCUUCGUGGCGGACGCUUCAAGGCCAGCCAAUCUGGAUGCUUUCUCGGACAUCUCCAUGGAGGCAUGGCUGGUGGGUGAGGUGGUGAUGAUGUCCAAUUGGGCGGUCUACGUCAAGGUCCAGCGCGGGGAGGAGUCGUUCGUGGGGAUCUUGGAGCUGGAGGAGUUCUCCAAAGACUUCGCCCAGGUGCAGCACUUUGGACAUGGUGGUGAUUGUCGAGGAGCUCAGAUUUCGCGACAGGUGGCUAUACGUGGCUGUGAGGUGCAGGUUCGCAUCAAAGAGGUGGACCUCGAAAGCCGCCGGCUCUUGCUGACCAUGCGGCACAUGGACGCCGAUUCCGCCAGCGAACAACGGAGAGCGCCGGCGGCCGGCGCGUUCGUCCACCCUGAGGACGCAGUGGCCAUCCGCAUAGGAGAUUCCUCGCAUCCGCCGGAAGACAGAGAGAUUCGUUUGAUUGUGAACAUGGAGAAGCCUGACCAUUCAGCUGAUGUGUCCAAACAGAGAAAGCCCAAGACCAUGCUCGGUGGCAUACAGCCUUGGGCUGUGGGUGCGGGUGCCCAGGGCCAGGGUGAUGGAACGGGUG